AUGCGUCUCCUCUCCGCAAUCCACAACUGGCUCGUUCUUGACGAUUCCGAUGAAGCUAGGAACAGAGACAUAGUUCCCAUCCCUGUGCACCGCCGCAGAUGGAAGUUUGACGGGUUUGUGUCGUACUGGGCCAUCAGCUCUAUGUGCGCGGUCACGUGGGCCGGUGGCUCCUCCAUCAUGUACAUGGGGCUUACAGGAGCCCAGACGAUGGGUGUCAUUGUCAUUGGAAACCUGAUCAUCUCCGUUUCGGCCCUAGUGAACAGUAUCUACGGCACAAAAUACCACAUUGGCUACUCUGUGUUCCAGCGCGUGGUUUUUGGGGUCAAAGGUUCCGUGGUUGGGGUGCUCAUCAGGUCCAUUCUCUCGGUGGUGUGGUUUGCUUACCAGGCGUGGCUGGGUGGCCUGUGCAUUAACAUCAUCCUGAGCUCGUGGAGCCAGUCGUACCUGAACAUGAAAAAUACGCUUCCCGAGUCUGUCCCAAUGACAACUCAAGAACUGGUGGGAUACGUUAUUUUCCUAAUAAUCAGCGUGCCUGUGCUUAUGGUGCCCCCAGAAUAUUAUUCACCGUUCCUGGCUAGCGGCUCGCUGUGUAUUUUUUUCAUCGGCAUCGGGAUUACUGCCUGGGCAGUGGUGGACAACGGAAACAGCUACGGCACGAUGAUGACCAAGCAGCUGAGCACGGCAAACAGUCUGGGCUGGGCCUGGAUUUACGGAAUAAACAGCUGGUACUCGAGUCUAGUCGCAGGCAUCUCGAACCAGUCAGAUUAUUCGAGAUUCAAUAAAAAGGAGUGGCAUUCGCACUGGGGAAUUCUGAUCGGUUGCAACGUCGCUGGGUUUAUCAUCCCGCUUUUUGGAAUUGUCACGGCAAGCGCGCUGGCGGAAAAAUACGGCCAGGAGUUCUGGAUGCCCAACGAUAUCUGUAUGUUUUGGUUGCAACAGAAUUAUACAGCGAAAUCGCGCGCGGCCGCCUUUUUCUGCGGUGUCGGGCUGACAGUGUCCCAGCUCGGUGUCAACUGUGUUGGCAACGCCAUUAGUGGGGGAAUGGACCUUGCAUCUGUUUUUCCUCGCUACAUCAACAUCAGAAGGGGGGCCAUUCUGUGUCUUUUGCUGUCCUGGCCCACCCAGCCGUGGCUCUUCUUCAACUCUUCCUCCACGUUUCUAACCGUUAUGUCGUCUUUCUCGGUCUUUAUCACUCCGCUAGUGGCCAUCUAUCUGUGUGAAUUUUUCAUUAUCAGAAGGGGAAUCAUCAAGCUUUCUGACUGCUACGUUUUCAGCAAAAACAGCAUUUACUGGUACACUGGCGGCGUAAACUGGCGAAGUCUGCUGAGCUUUGUUUGUGGCUCAGCUCCAGGCCUGCCCGGUCUCAUCAAUGCUGCAAACCCAAACAUCGGCAUCAACUCUGGAGCAAUGCAUCUGUACUACGGCUCAUUUAUUUUUCAGUUUGCAAUUACUCUAGCUAUUCAUUAUUUUUUGACGUUUUUUUUCAGGGUGCCAAUAGGCGAGCGAGACAUGGAAGACUACUUUGACACUUACAGCCCUGCGGAAUGCGCCAAGCUUGGCAUGAUUCCAUACGCGGGUCAAGUGUUUGAGGGCGAAGACCCUGAAUAUAUUGUUAUAGAAGAGUCUAAGUAG